AUGAGCAUAUCUUCAUUAUUUUCUCGACUGGUGAAAGAUUUGUCAAAUGGUAUUAUUGCCGUAAAUAUAAAAAUUAAACAGAGUAAAUCUGACGCUAUAUUGAAAGCUGCGGUACAAAGACCUUUAAUUGAAGAGGAAUACUACUUUUUAAAACCUCUAUGUGAUACGUUUGAUGAAAUUCAUUGCGAAAUGAAUGCAGGAGAAAACAGUGCAUUACGAAUUUCUGCCGAAGAGAUUUUCCAACAUGUUUAUGGAUUGGUCUCUCCUCUCGAUUGCAUGGAUGAAAUAAAAUUAUCUCUUUUUGAAUUAUCCUUAUCAAUGUUAUUAGUUGUGAAAACUUUGCAAGAUAAUGAUACGACAGUAACUGAAGAAGAGAUUGAAAAUAUAGCAGAACAUGUCACAAACGCCGAUCAACUGUGCAAAGCUCUUUGUAAACACCCAGAUAGACUGAUAAGGCUUGGAAUAAUAUCUGAGCAGAUGUCACAGUUGCUGAAAAGAUCCAUUUUAUGGAUGGUAAAAAGAGGUAAACUCGGGCAUAUCAUUUCCUGGAAAUAUGUUAAAUAUUUCGAAUUCUAUGAUGAAUCCAAUAUUAACGAAAUUAUCAGUAUUGCAUCGGUGGAAAUGUUGAAAAAUUUGCUACACUCAUCUUCGCACGAUCUUCAACCAUCGAAAAAAUUUGCAUUAUAUUUUGCAUUGGCAAAACAUCAAAAUGAAGAAAAGAGAAAACUAUUAUUUGCUGUACUUAAAGAUGUACUGGAAAUAGUAGUAGAUAUUGCUGGAAGAGACUAUCUGACAGCUAUUGAUUUUCUGAGGCAUAUUCUUCCGGUCGCCACUGGUAGUGCAUAUGAGAGAGAUUUUGUGUCAUUUGCUUUAGCAAUUCUUGCAGUGAACUGUGAAUCGUUAUCCUCAAAUUUUGUAGCGCUACGCAAAACUCUUUCUCUUCUUCUGUUCAUAAAAACUUAUAUGCGACAAACAGGUGUGACCGCGUUUUAUUCGUUUGAAUUGGACCUUGUUAACAACUGA